GCCUGUAUGACAUGGGAUUUAGCAGAAUCAGGCAAGCACUACAUUACGACUAUUAUCAAUGGAUCUGACCUUGUGCCUACUUUCUCAGCUACUUCUGUUGAUGAGCUUCAUUCGGAGCAUCAUCUUGGUUAAAUGAUUUGUGGGACCAGGUUCAACAAACUCGGUUCCUGAGUGUUGUUUUUCAUUCUACGACAGCAUUGGGCUCCAGUCUGCCAUCUACUGCUAGUGCAAAGGCAAGAGUUGCUGGUGCUGGUGCACUCCUAUGUCCUGUUUCAAGCAGUACUAAGGUUGUGAUGAAGGGUGCCCAGAAUGUCACUCAAGCAGUUGUAAGAAGCCACUCGACUCUAUCUGCAUGCAUCGGUCCACGUUGCCAUAAUGUGGUCCCAACAUUGAACUCCAGGGAGGAAGACUUGCCAGAAGCUUCAGUAAUUACUGGAAGAAGUUCUGAAGUUGUGAAACCCUUGUGACUAAAGUGGUAAUUACAGACUAAGUACAAAAUGAAUUGGAGAUAAUUCACAUGGUGGAUUGGGGCAUGAUGACACAGAUGAAGAUGAGCCUCUGAUUGCAGAGAAUGGAGUAAUGAUUACAACCACCAUGGAUGAGAUUACUGAAGGGGAGUUGUGGUAUGAACUAGAGAAGGAGCUUGAGAGGCAGAAGAGUGAAGUUGAUCUCCAAGCCCAGGCAGAAGAAGCAGCAGCAGCAAAAGAAAUAACUGAGGUGAAAGUUCUGGGUGAUGCAGGAAGGGAAAACCCCAUCUCUUCCUUGGAUGUUUCAGAGAACCUCCGGUUCUAUCUCCCAGGAAGAAUCAUGCAUAUGGUUUCUGGACCUUUAACUGAAACCACUAUUCUAGAUCCUGACGCACUUCCCAGAGAAGAACAUGUAGGUAUAUACGAGACACCUAGAGAAUUGUACAGUAACUUUCAAGAACAAUGAUUAAUGAUCAUUAUAUGCCAAUGUGCAAGAAAAUUAUGGAAUUGUUAUUGAUGGAACUAGAAAAGGGUGAAGCUUGCUGUCACAGGAUUGAAUAUCAAAGUAAAAGAAAGUAUCGCAUUUGCUCCAUCUGGAUCGUCUAACAUUUCUGUUGGAAACAUAGAGAAAAUUUCUGUUGGAUCGUAUAACAUAGGGAAUUGGAUCUCUGGUUUUGUGGUUAAUGUUGGUUGUGCAUCCAUUUUUAUAGUAGAGUUAUGGGGUCUUAGGGAGGAACUCAAGUUAGGCAAAUCACUUGGAAUAGCUCAUGUUGUGGCUGAGAUGGAUUCACUUGUGGCAGUUAGAUUCAAAAUGCAGAACAGAGAACCAGAUAAUUUGUCUGCAGUCCUUUUGAUGGAUAUUAAAAGUCUGAUGUCUGAAUUUGAGGAAUGCGUACUGCAACAUAUUCUUUGGGAGGGGAAUGCUGCUGCUGACUUCUAGUGUCCCUUGGGCAUUCUUCAGAACCUGGUAUAAGUUUUCUGGAUUCUCCACCGACUGGCUUGUAGCCAAUCCUUACAGGGGAUCAGCUGGGGGCUUCUUUCCUCCGUUUCUAGUUUCUUAUUGUUUUAGUUUAAUUUAAUUUCCUCUGACUUACCAAAAAAAACAUAGAGAAAAUUAUUGCUUAUGGCCGCUCUCUUUUGGAAGUGGAGAAAACAAUAUCAAUAAGUGGUGCCGUGGUGGGGUGUUAACUCUCUGCUUUUACUAGUAGUCUGGUACUGGUUACAAACAAAUUUUGUAAUAUUGUGAAAGAAUUUUUUUUUAGCAUUUUGCUAAUUUGUGAAAAAGGGCGUUCAUCGUUUCAGCUGAGGCUCAAAGAAAAUAAAGUUUCAUCUUUGAU